AUGGCCGCCCUGCCGGAGGUGCAGCCUUUCCUGCGCGCACACCCGCAGGCAGCUUCUACCCAGGUCUUGAGGAGAUCUUUGCCUUGCAAAGCCUCCCAGACAAGCGGGAGUGGUGCGCGCUACCCUUCUCUUGGCGCUUUAGCCUGUGCUUUGUCGACGUCAACAUGCGCGAGGCGCUCUUGGCUUCUGCGGGCCAGUGCAAGGAGGUGUAGGGUUCGGUCCUGCGCCUCGAGCCAGCACGAGAGCCACGAAACGGACGUGGUCUUGGUGGGGAGCGGCCUCGGCAGCCUGAGCUGCGCCGCGGUGCUGGCGGCCGCCGGGCGCCACGUCACCGUGUGCGAGUCGCACUACCGGUUGGGUGGAGCCUGCCACACUUUCACGGCCAAAGUCGCUGGAGCUGGAGAGUUCCACUUCGAGUCAGGCCCUUCACUGUACAGUGGCCUCAGCCUGGAGGAAAGUCCCUCGCAGCUAAAACACGUCUUCCAGAUUGUGGGCAAAGAACCCCAGUGGAUCCAAUAUGACCGUUGGAAUGCCUUCUUGCCCGAGGGCGAGGUGAAUGUAGCGGUUGGAUACCAAGAAGUGGUACAGAAGCUGUUACCUGCCUAUGGAGGCACCGAUGCGGUCGCCCAAUGGCAGAAGCUCAUGUCCGAAUUAAAGCCCAUGUCCGAUGCUUUGUACAAUGCCCCUCCCUUUGGUGCCCUGCGAGAUGAUUCGUGGGCUGCGGUGACCAUGGGCCGAUUCUUCCGGCGGCUCGGCCCCCUGCUUUUCGAUAUCCCUGGAGGUGCUGCGCGCUUAAGCCAGCCCUUCGAGGACUUCCUGAGGGAGGUUGGAGUCACGGACAGCUUCGUGAAGAACUACCUGAGCCUUUUCAGCUUUUUGCUGCAGGGCCUUCCCAGCUACGGCUCGCCCACCUCCAUGAUGGCCUACAUGAUGGCGGAUCUGUAUCGCAAGGGUGGGACUUGCCUCGACUAUCCCAAAGGAGGCUCGGAAGCCAUCGUUCAGGCCUUGCUUGAUGGCAUCGAAGAAAAGAGUCCUUCUGCCAAGAUUUGGAGCCAGGCGCACGUGGAGGACAUUCUGGUCGAGCAGGGCCGUGCAGUUGGUGUGCGUCUCAAGAACGGUGCCACCAUACGUGCGCGUGAGGCAGUGGUGAGUGGUGCCGACAUUGGCGUGACACAGCAGCUGCUGGCCAAUGCAGAGGCUCCGGAACUUGAAGGUUUCUUUGAGGAGCAGUGGGGAGAGUUCGAGCCGUUGAACUCCUUCAUCCAUAUCCAUUUGGGCUUCCGCGGAGAGGGUCUUCCAACCGCACACAGCCCGGAGUUCCCAGCACAGUGGGGCGUGGUGAAUGACUGGUCUGACCUGGAGGCAGCCAGGAAUGUGGUGCUGGUCAGCGUGCCUUCUUUACUGGACCCUGACUUUGCGCCCAAGGGCUUUCAUAGCCUACACGCCUACACGCCAGCGACGGAACGCUGGGCGGACUGGGAGCAUUUGGACCGAAGCAGUGCUGAGUAUCGGCAGAAGAAGGCAGAAGCUGCUGACUUCUUGUACCAGGCCAUCGAACGGCAGGUUCCUGACAUCCGCUCGAGGGUGGUCUUCGAGAAGGUGGGCACACCUUUGACACAUGCGCGCUUCUUGCGAAAACCAAAGGGAGCCUAUGGCUGGCGCGUGUUGGCUGGCUCCAAUUUACCAAGUCAUAAGACACCGCUCGCAGGCCUGCAUCUCUGCGGAGACUCCACCUAUCCGGGCAUUGGUGUGCCAUCAGCUGCCAUGAGUGGCCACAUUUGUGCCAACAACAUCCUCUCGGUGACGGAGCACUGGUCCUUGCUGGACCGGAUCCGUGAGUGGCACUAUGAGCUCGACAUGUCUUGCCUUGGUUUUGCCUUAGCCUCCUCGCGCUUGGUCGGCCGAGGGUCCUUGGAGGUGGGGCACAAUGCGCCGAACCAAUGGCGGCUAGAGAAAAGUGAUGUAGAGAUCCGAAAAGAAGCGCAGAAGAGGGCCAAGGAGAGAAUUCCCGGACGUCCAGUGGUUUUCUUGGACAUUGAGGUGGCCGGUCAUCCAGCAGCCAGGGUGGUGUGUGAGCUUUUCUCAGACUUGGUCCCCAAGACCGCGGAGAACUUCCGCUGCCUUUGCACGGGCGAGAAGGGCUACAGCACGGCUGGAAAGCCGCUGCACCUCAAGGGAAAUGCCUUCCACAGGGUGGUUCCAGGCUUCGCAGUGCAGGGUGGUGACAUUACCAGGGGAGAUGGCACUGGUGGAGAAUCUGUCUACGGCGGCACCUUCGAGGAUGAGAGCUUCGACUUGUCCCAUGACGCUCCAGGCUUGCUGAGCAUGGCCAACCGGGGUCCCAAUACGAACAAUUCUCAGUUCUUCAUCCUCACAAAGGCGUGUCCCAAGCUAGAUCUGAAACACGUCAUUUUUGGGCGUGUCCUCGAGGGCAUGAGCACGAUUCGACGCAUUGAGGAGGUGUGUGGCACAGCUGACGCCGGCUCUGAGCUCUGCCGUGCGCAAAAACAUCAUGGUGUGCUUGCCUUUCGGCCCGGCUUGGGGGACGCCAAGUCUGUGAUCGUCGACUGCGGGGUGCUGGAUGACGAGGAGAAGCCUCGCGACAGCAAGCGGAGCAAGACUGGCCCAUCCGAGGCGCACUUGUUCCACAUCCUCAAGAAGUACAAGGGGGCCAGGAAAGCAGAGACUUGGAAAGGGGGUGAGAUCACCCUCACCAAGGGCAAGGCCAAGUUGGUGGUCGAGAACCUCCGCAAGCGGCUCAUCGCCUCGACGACCUUGGAGCUUCUAUUCGUGGAGCUUGCCCGGGAUCAUUCGGAUGAUCCCACUUGCAAGAAUGGUGGAGACCUAGGAGAGGUGGAGCGUGGAAGCCUACAACCCAAAGUCGAGGAGGUGGGCUUUGCUUUGCAGCCAAAGGAGCUUUCCGAGGUCUUUGAGGAUGAGUUUGGGGUGCACUUAUUGUACCGCUCCGGCUAA